UAUAAUCUUGUCGUGCGCCAUCCAAACUGCAAUGUGAGUUAUGGACACGAAAUUUUUUUUUUUUAAAAAAAAUGGUGAGACAGGGACGUGGCAAAUGGCAACAGUGUGGAAUGCGCCCAUGGUUUUGUUGUGAACUGGAAUCUGGAAUGUUGUUACUGAAUGCGUGAAUUUACUAAUUUCAGUAGGCGUUGACGACCCACACCUUUUACACCUCUGACAAUAUCAUGGAACGGCAUCUAACGGUGGUUAAACCUAGCCGGAGCGACGAAGUUUUAGACGAAGAUGAGCAGCUGCGAAUCGCCAACCAGGUCAAAGCCUUGUUCGAUGCUCAAGCACCUAAAAGACUCGCCAAACCUAAUCGCAGCGAACCUGAUUCAGUCAUCCCCAAUUCCCCUUUAGAAGAUUUCCCUAUUCCAGAACUUGACAAUCUCCGAUCUCUUCAAUCACAGGGUGGUAGCUUUUUUCCGGAAACUAAUUGCUCGGAGCAAGACGAGUUCGUGGAAACUCAGUAUUACAAUGAGUUGGUUUCCAUUGACAAACAGCAUCACACGACUGGAAGUGGGUUCAUAAAGGUGGUCAAUCAAACGAAUGGAAACAUUUACGAUCUUCAAUUGAAUGGUGGUUAUGAGAAUGGUAGAGCCAAAGAGUUCAAAACUAAUCCAGCGACAAACGACUGGAUUCCGAGUAAUGAUGAUUAUCAGGUUUUUGAUACAUCGAGUUCAUUGACUCUCCAUGUGUUUAAUUAUACGAAAUAAAUUUGUGUUAAGUUUUCAUAUGUAUUGAUCAGGUUGGAUUCACCUCCUCAAAACCCAGCCGGAGCGAAAGUGAUUAGAUCGAAAGUGAAGAAAGCAAUCAGAUGGUGAAGGUGGUUUGUUCUGUUCUCUUGAAUUCGUUUGUUUAUCUUGACUGAUUGAGAGAGAAAAAUGAGGGAUGCUAGGAUUUCAAGGCAGUAAGUAGUUGAGUGUUAUCGUACUUUUAGUUGUAUAAUUUAGGUAUUGGCUAGUUUCUUUUUCUCCAAUGUGUAUUAAACGCCCAGAUUUGCUUUUCUUACCAGAGCUACUGUUUCUGUCCUAUUUUCUUUGAUUUACUUGCAUCAA